CCGACGCGACGCGAGCAGCUGGAGCGGCUGCGCGGUGAGCAGUUCGACGUGCUGGUGGUGGGCGGCGGCGCGACCGGCGCCGGCUGCGCGUUGGACGCGGCCAGCCGCGGCUUGCGCACGGCGCUGGUCGAGAUGGACGACUUCGGCUCGGGCACGUCCAGCCGCAGCACCAAGCUGCUGCACGGCGGCGUGCGCUACCUGCAGAAGGCUAUCAUGAACGUCGAUCUGGAGCAGUACCGGAUGGUACGCGAGGCGCUGAACGAGCGCGCGAACCUGCUGGAGAUCGCGCCGCACCUCUCCUACCCGCUGCCCAUCAUGCUGCCCGUCUACAAGUGGUGGCAGCUGCCGUACUUUUACGCCGGCAUCAAGAUGUACGAUUUGGUGGCCGGCUCCAAAUGUCUGAAGUCGUCCUACGUGCUGAGCAAACGGCGCGCGCUGGAGCUCUUCCCCAUGCUGAAGAAGGAUGCGCUGGUGGGCGCCAUCGUCUACUACGACGGCCAGCACAACGACGCGCGCAUGAACGUGGCCAUCGCCAUCACGGCGACGCGACUGGGCGCUAGCGUGGCCAACCACUGCCGCGCCGUCGAGCUGCUCAAGGGGCCGACCGGCGAGGACGGCGCCGCGCCGCGCGUGGUCGGCGCCGUCUGCGAGGACGCCCUCACCGGCGAGCGGUUUGCGGUGCGCGCGCGCUGCGUCAUCAAUGCCACGGGCCCGUUCACGGACUCGCUGCGGCAGAUGGACGACGCGACGCUGCCGGCCAUCUGCGCGCCAUCGGCGGGCGUGCAUGUGGUGCUGCCGGGCUACUACAGUCCGGACUGCAUGGGCCUGCUGGACCCGGCCACCUCCGACGGCCGCGUCAUCUUUUUCCUGCCGUGGAUGAAGCACACGAUCGCCGGCACGACCGACUCGCCGUGCGGCGUGACGGAGCACCCGGCGCCCAGCGAGGAGGACAUCACGUUCAUCCUGAGCGAGGUGCGCAACUACCUCAGCCCCGAGAUCGAGGUGCGCCGCGGCGACGUCCUGUCGGCGUGGAGCGGCAUCCGGCCGCUCGUCUCCGACCCCAACCGGCCCGAUACGCAGAGCAUCGCGCGCAACCACGUGGUGCACGUCGGCCCGUCGGGGCUGGUGACGAUCGCCGGCGGCAAGUGGACGACGUACCGCUCCAUGGCCGAGGAGACGGUGGACGCGGCUGUGCGCGCCGCCGCCCUGCCGGCCUCACGCUGCCGCACGCAGGGGCUGCUGCUGGAGGGCGCGCACGACUGGACGCCCAACAUGUACAUCCGGCUGGUGCAGGACCUCGGCAUGGACCCGGAGGUGGCGCAGCACCUGGCCGACACCUACGGCGACCGCGCCUUCGCCGUGGCCAAGCACGCCGCGCCGACGGGCAAGGCCUGGCCGACGGUCGGCCGUCGUCUGGACGAGGAGUUUCCCUACCUGGAGGCCGAGGUCCGCUACGCCGUGCGCGAGUACGCCGCCACGGCGGUGGACGUGCUCGGGCGCCGGUUGCGGCUCGCCUUCCUCAAUAACAUGGCUGCGGAGCACGCGCUGCCGCGCGUGGUGGACAUCCUGGCCGAGGAGCUGGGCUGGAGCGCUACGGAGCGUCAGAAGCAGCUGGACGAGGCGCUCACUUUCCUGCGCACCGAGAUGGGCCAGACGGUGAACCAGGAGUCGCGCCUCCAGGUGCCCAUCAACCUUACCGUGCGCGAGGUCCAGACCUACACCAAGCGCUUCCAGGCGCUGGACCGCGAGAAGAAGGGCUUCAUCUCGGUGGUGGACCUGCGCCAGGAGCUGUCCGACCUGCCCGGUGCGCAGAUCCACGGCAUGCUGUCGGAGGUGGACCCGGCCCACCACGGCUGCGUCGAUCUCGCCGCCUACAUGCAGAUCAUGGCCACGCUCAAGACGGGCUCGCCGCGCGGGCGGCACGAGCACGAGCGCGUGGAAGGCGACAACGUACGCAUCCCGGUGGAGAGGAGCGGCGGCGGGGUGUAGCC